AUGACUGCAACAAGAGUUAUUAAGAAGAUUUUAAGUUGUGGAUUGAAGAAUUCAUCAUCAAAAUCUGCAAAUCAACUCCCACAAGGUCAUGUUAGAGUAUAUGUUGGUAAAGAAGAAUUUCCAUGCAAAUUUGAAGUUGAAGCUAAUUAUUUAAACCAUCCGCUGUUUGAGAAUUUACUUCAAUUGUCUGUUGAGGAAUUUGGCUACUCAUAUAAUGGUGCAUUGAGGAUAGCAUGUGAAAUUGAUCUCUUUAAAUAUCUUCUUGAUCUUCUUAAAUCAAGAAAUCCAGUUGCUCAUUACAUGGAGUUACAAGAUCUUAUAUCUAAAUUCUACAGCAUUAGAAAAAAGGGUUCUCAGUAG